UGCAACCGAGUAAAGUAAAUGUUUUUGUUGCGAAAAUUCAAGUAGCAUAUUAAGUGAUUUACUUUUGGUUCCUGUAAUUUAUGUUUUUAAAAUAUUUUCUCGUUUAAAAAAUGUAUAAAAGGACAAUCGCCAAUUAAGAACUAGUAGUCCUAUAGUUAUUCAUCAUGGUUUAUAUGAAUACUGGUCGUUAUAAAGCUGAUCCUCUGAAUUCUGGCGGAGAAUCUGUCGGAAAACAAGAAGAUAACAGUGAGAGACGGCUACAGCAGUCCUUAUUUAAUGAUGAAAUUGACUCAAAAUUCGGUUUUGAUCGCUAUAAAGAAGGUGUUGAGCGUAAAGCAUGGCUUUAUAACAUGCACUCGACUGAGAUUUUAGAUGAAGAUAAGAGACUUAUCAGCGCUGUUGAUUUCUAUUUUGUUGAAGAUGAUGGUUCAAGAUUCAAAGCAACUUUACCAUACAAACCUUAUUUUUAUGUAGCAACGGUCAAAGGUGCCGAACAAGAAGUUGCUUCUUAUUUAACUCGAAAGUAUGGUGGUCUUAUUAGUAAAGUUGAAAUCGUCCAGAAAGAAGAUCUUGAAUUGUCUAAUCAUUUAUCUGGUUUGAAAGGAAAGUUUGUGAAGCUUAUGUUUUCUGCUAUAAAUGAUUUGACUAAAGUUCGUAAAGAUAUUAUGCCUCAUGUUAGGAAGAAUAAGGAAAAGGUUAAAAACUCGAAAUCAUUUAAUGAAAUAUUAAACAAACAUCCGGAGACAGGAACGUCAAAGAAAAUGUUUGAACAGAUUGAUAGUAUUAUUGACAUUAGAGAAUAUGAUGUCCCGUUUCAUGUCAGGGUAUCAAUUGACUUAAAAAUAUUUGUUGGCCAUUGGUAUUUUGUUAAAGGUUGUGGAAAUCUUCCUAAUGAAAUAAGGCUUUGUGAAGAGCUUCUACAACCUGUUGAUAUAACUGUUCUUGCCUAUGAUAUUGAAACAACAAAACUCCCUCUCAAAUUCCCUGAUGUAGCUACUGAUCAAAUUAUGAUGAUAUCAUAUAUGAUAGAUGGGCAAGGAUUUCUUAUCACUAAUCGUGAAAUUGUGUCAUCUGAUGUUGAUGAUUUUGAGUAUACUCCUAAACCAGAAUUUGAAGGUAACUUCAUUGUAUUCAAUGAAGCAAACGAAGAAGCUUUGAUUCAGAAGUUUUUUGAUCAUAUUCUAGAAGUAAAGCCUCUUGUAUUUGUCACAUAUAAUGGAGACAAUUUCGAUUUUAAAUUCGUUGAAGCUAGAGCUGCUGUGUACCAGCUUAAUAUGCUGAAAGAAAUUGGCUUUUCACAGAGUAGAGAUGGAUUUUAUCUAUCUAGACCUUGUGCUCAUCUUGAUUGCCUUCAUUGGGUAAAGAGAGAUAGUUAUUUACCUGUCGGCAGUCAAAACUUGAAAGCUGUGGCAAAAGCAAAACUAAGAUAUGAUCCAGUUGAACUAGAUCCUGAAGACAUGUGUCGUAUGGCUGCUGAGCAACCUCAAGUAUUAGCCAGCUAUUCAGUUUCUGAUGCUGUAGCAACAUAUUAUUUGUAUAUGAAAUAUGUGCAUCCUUUCAUAUUUGCUUUAUGUACUAUUAUCCCAAUGGAACCUGAUGAGGUUUUAAGAAAAGGUUCUGGUACUUUAUGUGAAUCAUUAUUGAUGGUAAAAGCCUAUCACGCAAAUAUCAUUUUCCCCAACAAACAAGAGAGUGUAUUGAACAAACUGACUGAAGAUGGACAUGUUCUAGAUCAAGAGACAUAUGUUGGUGGUCACGUUGAAUCUCUCGAAGCUGGCGUGUUUAGAGCCAAUUUGCCGUGUAGAUUCAGACUCGUGCCAGAAGCUCUUCAAAAGUUGAUGAAAGAUGUCGAAAGGACGCUUAAAUUUUCAAUUGAAGUGGAAGAAAAUGUUCCAAUUGAUCAAGUUCUUAAUUUAGAGGAAGUGACCAAUGAAAUUGUUGAAAAGUUACGUAAUCUUCGAGAUUGUCCAUCAAGGUUAGAAAAUCCACUAAUUUAUCAUUUGGAUGUAGGUGCUAUGUAUCCUAACAUAAUUUUGACAAAUCGUCUUCAGCCAUCUGCUAUGGUUGAUGAAACAACCUGUGCAGCCUGUGACUUUAAUAAACCUGGUGCUAGAUGCCAAAGAAUAAUGCCAUGGACUUGGCGUGGUGAAUGUAUGCCUGCUUCCAGAGGUGAAUUUCAGCGUAUUCAACAACAGCUUGAGACUGAAACUUUCCCUUCUUCAGAAGCAGGUGGCAAGCCUGUGGCUUUUCAUGAACUCAACAAAGAAGAACAGGCUUCUGUAGAAAAAAAACGUUUAACAGAAUACUGUAGGAAAGCUUAUAAAAAGACUCAUGUGACUCGAAUUGAAAUCCGGGACUCCACCAUUUGUCAGAAAGAAAACUCGUUCUAUGUUGACACUGUUCGAGCUUUUAGAGAUCGUCGAUAUGAGUUUAAAGGGCUCUUAAAAGUUGCGAAGAAGAAAGUGGCCGAAGCUGUUGCUGCUGGUGAUGCAUCUGCUAUUAAAUCAUCCAAAACUCUGGAAGUUUUGUAUGAUUCCUUGCAAUUGGCUCAUAAAUGCAUUUUAAACUCUUUUUAUGGGUAUGUAAUGAGAAGAGGAGCCCGUUGGUACAGUAUGGAAAUGGCUGGUAUUGUGUGUCACACCGGAGCAGGCAUAAUUACUAAAGCUAGAGAAAUUGUUGAACAGAUAGGUAGACCUCUUGAGUUGGACACUGAUGGAAUUUGGUGCAUCCUUCCAUCUUCUUUCCCAGAAAAUUUUGUUAUCAAAACUACCAAUCCCAAAAAGCCAAAGUUGCAUAUUUCAUACCCUGGAGCUAUGUUAAAUGUUAUGGUUAAAGAUCACAAUACUAACGAUCAGUAUCAUGAACUGGUGGAUCCUGUGAAUCGAGUAUACGAAAUACGCAAUGAAAACUCUAUUUUCUUUGAAGUUGAUGGACCUUAUUUGGCCAUGGUAUUACCAGCUUCGAAAGAAGAGGGAAAGAAACUGAAAAAACGAUAUGCUGUUUUCAACUUUGAUGGUUCCCUUGCAGAACUCAAAGGUUUUGAAGUGAAAAGGAGGGGUGAAUUGCAGCUUAUCAAAAUAUUUCAGUCAUCUGUUUUUGAUGCAUUUUUAAAGGGAAAGACACUUACUGAAUGUUAUGCAUCUGUAGCAAAAGUAGCUGAUUAUUGGCUUGAUGUUCUCUAUUCUAAAGCAUCCAAUAUGCCCGAUAAGGAACUCUUUGAUUUGAUAUCUGAAAACAGGAGUAUGUCUCGUAAGCUAGAAGAAUAUGGUAGUCAAAAAUCUACAUCCAUCAGCACAGCUAAGCGAUUAGCUGAAUUUCUUGGUGAUCAAAUGGUGAAAGAUGCUGGACUAAGUUGUCGUUUCAUCAUCUCUAAGAAACCAGAAGGCUGUCCUGUUACUGAACGGGCAAUACCUUUGGCAAUUUUUCAAGCUGAACCAAGCAUUAAAAAACAUUACCUGAGAAAAUGGCUUAAGUCUCCGGGGUUAACAGAUUUUGAUAUUCGUACUAUAUUAGAUUGGGAAUAUUACAUUGAGAGGUUUAGUAGUGCCAUUCAAAAAAUCAUUACUAUACCUGCUGCUUUGCAACAAGUUCCCAACCCUGUUCCACGUGUUGCACAUCCUGACUGGCUUCACAAACGGUUAUUGGAAAAAAAUGAUAGUUUGAAACAGAAGAAGAUCACUGAAAUAUUUUCUCACAAAGAAAAGACUUUUCCGGAGGAAGCAGAAGAAUCACCUAUUCUUGAUGUUGAAGAUCAAUGUCUUCCUUCAACUAGUAAAACUGUAAUUCCUGUUUGUAAUAAAAGAAAAGCUUCUCGUGAUGCAAAAGGUGGGAAAUCGUCUAAACAGAAAAAUAUGUUUAGUGAUUCAGAGCUAGCCCAAUCUUGGCGGGAAGUCCUAGGUGCACCUCCAAAAUUUGGAAAAACUAAAGAAGAACUUGUUACAUGGUAUAUUUAUCAGAAGAAAAAGUGGGCUUUUCAGUUGGCUCAAAGAAAAGCCAAAAGUUCUGAAUCUGGAAGAGUGGUAAAUUCUGCUCCACUUAGACAAACUGGAAAUAAAAACAUAUCGGGAAUUGGUCAAUUCUUGAGAAAAGCUAAAAAGACUGUUUUGGAUAGUCCUUGGCAAAUCAUUCAAGUUGCUGAAACUGGUCAUUAUGGAAUUUAUAAACUGUGGGUUCUAAUUGAAAAUGAUUUACAUAGUAUAAAGUUGAAUAUACCUCGAAUAUUUUAUGUCAAUCAGCGUGUUCCUAAAACUGGAGAAAGUGCCUUGUGGAAGAAAGUAAAUCGUAUUCUUCCCAGAUCUCAUCCAGUUCACAAUUUGUAUGAAUAUACUAUAGAAGAGGAAGUAUAUCAACAGCAUUGUAAUGAUAUAUUAGCUGAAUUAUCUUUGCCACAUGUUGAAGGAGUGUAUGAAACCCAAGUUCCCCUUAUUUUUCGAGCAUUGGUGGAGCUUGGCUGUAUAUGCACAGUGAAUCGUAAAUUUGUGAAACAAUAUGCAGCAUCUGAUAAUGACAUUUAUAAUCUGAAACACUUAGAGUUGAGAUCAGUUGCUCAAUAUAAUUACAUAGAACCAGGUACUUUGAAACUUUUGUAUUUAUAUCAUCAUUCAAGUGGUCAAAAAGCCAUGUUUGGUUUCUUUUUUCCACCAUUGAAAAAGGUUGUGGUGUAUGUCUUGGAUACUGUUCGAACAAAUCAAAUGCCAAAUUUAAACAAUUUGUUUGCUUCUGAACGAAAUUCCAAAUUGUCAUCUGGAACUGACAGCAAAUAUCUUCCAGACCCUGACUAUUCAUUUGAAGUUCAUGCAGAAAAGGAUAUUAAAGUUGUUUAUAAAGGUUUGCAAAAAUAUUUAAUGAUGUACAAAGAUGAGAAACAUGGACCAACGGCUGUUGUGAUUCAAUCGCCUAUAUCUUCUCAAGAUAUAAGUUCGUUAAUGCCAAGUUUUACUGAAUUUCCUCUGAUAUCACUUCAUAUUCACGACAAUGAUACACUUUAUCAAGUUAUGGAUUGGCAAAGAAUUGGAUCAAAAACUAUGAUGGGACACUUUAUGAAUGUUGAUUCUGCAAUUGCAGUGUUACUUGAGCAAUGCCGUUAUUUCCAUGUACCUGUUGGUAAUUUGCCACAAGAUGCCUCCUUAUUUGCCACUGAUGUCUUUUUCGCUCGUCAGUUACAUAAGCAAAAUUUCAUUCUGUGGUGCUCACCAACUGAGCGUCCCGAUUUGGGCGGUAAAGAAGCUGAUGAUAAUCGUCUGUUAGCUGAAUCUGAAACUGUCAUUGCAGAGGUUUGUAAUCCCGGUGUUUAUCCCAAUGUGAGUGUGGAAAUUCUCCUUGAUACCAUGGCAGUUUCAACUGUUCUACAAGCUCAGAAUUUGGUUGAACUGGAAGGAACUAGUGCCAGCAUUGCUUUUGACACUGGUACAUCUUCCUCAUUAGCUGAAAUGAUGUCCGGUAGUGGGGCUACAUCAAACGUUGGAAUUUACGAUGAAAGUGCUCUAUGUGCCGGAGCUUUUCGUGUGCUGCGAGGUAUGGUUGUUGGGUGGGUACGUGAAGUACUUCAUUACAGGAAUGUAUUUGCUGACAAUCAAAUAGUCAACUUAUAUCGUUGGCUUCGAUCCCCUCAGUCACUUUUAUAUGAGCCAGCAAUUAAACAAAUUCUUAGUAACCUGAUGAAGAAAAUGUUCACCCAACUUUUGUUUGAAUAUCAAAAACUAGGAGCUAUUGUUAUCUAUGCAUCCUGUACUAGAAUUAUCAUUUGUACAAAGCGUAAGUCUGUUAUUGAUGCUGUGUCUUAUGCCAGAUAUGUAAAUGAAUGUAUUCGCAACAAAGAACUUUUCCACGGUGUGAAAUUAGAAGUGGAAACCUGUUGGGAAUAUUUAUUAUGGCUGGAUACUGUAAAUUAUGGUGGAGUUAAAGUAAAAAAUUUAGACAAUCUCAAUGGCGGUGAUCAGGGUGAACAAGAUGAAAAUGACAACCGGGAAUUGCCUUUACGAUUCAAUUUAGCUAAGUUUUUGCCUGCAGUUGCUAACAUAAAAGACACUUUCUACGAUGUUCUUGACAAUUAUAUUCAAACAGCGUUUGAUUAUUAUCAAAAACACUCGGAAGAAAUUGUGAAUCCCGAUGAGCCUAGUCAGCCUCUUGAAACUGAAGAUAAUUAUGAGAACUUCACAGAUGAUUUAGCCAAGUAUGUUAGAAGUGAUCUUGCUCAUACAUUGUAUAUAUUAGUUGAAAAAAUCAAAAAGAAGUUUCCUUCUGAAUUAGGUCCUAAUGGAGAGAAUGUCUUUCCAGUUUUGCCUGGAUCUCACUUGAAAAUGACUAGUCCUGCUUUGGAAUUUACUAAAGCUGUUUGUAAAGUGUUGUCUUUAGACAACAAAUUGAGUGAUGUUGUUCUUAAAGUUCGCAGGGACCUCUUGAGGAUCGUCGGAGUGAAAGAAUUCAGCGAUGAAGCGGAAUGGAAAGAUCCAUGCCUCUCCUUCGUGUUAACUGAAGUAAUUUGCAAAACAUGCAGCACUUGUGAAAACAUAGAUUUAUGCAGAGAGCAAGUUGAUAAUAGUGGUUUUGCAGGAAUCCCAGUGUGGAGAUGCAGCAUCUGCAAUUCCAUAUACGAUACAAAAGAAAUAGAGUCUAUGAUGAUUGAGUGCAUUCAGAAGAAGUCUAUGGCUCAUGUUAUCCAAGACUUACAGUGUAUGAAAUGCAGGAUGGUUAAAGAUAGAAACAUGUCGAGGUUUUGUUCCUGUGCCGGACGUUUUAGUACGCUUCUGCCUAUAGAUGAUUUUGGACAAACUUUGAAAACUUUUCUUAAUAUUGCUGAUUAUUUUAAAAUGAAAAAAUUAAGUGAUGUUGUGUCUUGGGUGUUGAAAAUGAACCCCCAAAUUAAACUGUGAUCUAUUGGUUUUUUAAAUUUUCUCUGCACUUAAACUUGAAAGUAAUGAGAAAUAUGUACAUACAGCAUUUUUUUUUUUAAAAUUUACUUUUAAAUCAUUUGCUAUUGUUUCUAUCAUUUGAUGUUUAUUUUAAAACCUUUUUAUAAAUUUUGUAAUUUCCCUCGUUAUUUAUUUCAGUGUA